UAAUUUUUAUAGGAUUGAACAUAUAUUAAAUAUUUUUGUUACACUUUUAAAAGGAGAAAAAAAUACACGACACACACAUUUGUUGUUCUACAUUUCCGUUGGCUCCAAUUUGAACUUAACACCCGAGGAUCUCGCAUUCUGUAGCAUAGUUUUGCAAUGGAGAAGAAUCAAAAGUCUGUGGAAAAUGUUGGCCAAUCACAAUCGAGCAGCAGUCGUCGUGUGAUGUGGAAGGUGUGCGAAGAGGAGGAGGAAGUCUUUGAUUCGGUGGUCAACUAUCGACUCGUGUCACCGUCCAACCCAGACAGCUUUAAUUCCGAGCAAGAGCUGCCCAGAUUAAGCAAAGCGAAUGUUUCCGCCGAUAAGAAGGGGAGUGUGGAAAAUGGGGCGACCAAGUCAUCAACCAGUCUGGGCUUAUGUUACAAGCCGUCGCAUGAGUCUCUCAAGGAACUGGCCACCAAGAGGAGAGCUCGCAUCGUGGCAUGUUGGCAUCGCCUGUUUGAUCGUCUGCGCAUCCAAACAUCACCCAGUCUUGCGCUGCGCUACAAGCCAUCGCAUGAAUCUCUUAAAAAUCCAUGUGAAUCGGCAAACCUGGCCACUGCCGACCUAAAAUUGGAGACGUGCUUUUUUCCUCCCUAUCAGACAGCUGUAGUUCGCGAAGUCGCCCCCACAUUCGCCCACCGCAUGUGUAUUCCAGAUGAAACCGACUCAUGUUGUUCCGGGUCCGUUGAGUUGCGAAUCCCUCUGUUAAAAUCGUCGAAGGCUAGCAAAGUACUAAGUGUUAAAGCAGAUCCGCACGAGAGCACAUCCACUUAUAGCCAAAUAGCAACCAGAAAUGAGAAUGCAAAUGCAAAACUCAAACGUCGUAAUAAAAAGACAGUGGGGUCUUCGAUUGGAGGUGCUGGUGGCAGCAGUAAGUCAGCAUCAAAUGGAAGUCCCAACCGCGCUUUGCCAACAUUACGCCAGCGGCAACAGGAACUGCAUCAUUAUCGUGUGCUGAUUGAAAAGCGCCGUUUGGAGUUGCUGGAUUUGAAGAUUGUGCGUGAGAGGGCGGAUGCAUUGCGUCAUGAGAUACUAUUUCAUAAGGACUUGCAGCUGAAACACAAUCAGAUUAAAUCGUACGAGGACAAUAACAGCUCCCAGGCAUGAAUGAGUCCAUAAUCUGUUCAAAAACAAAAUCAUUAGUAUUAUACAAAA